CACCAUCAUCUUCCAGGGGGAUGGUGGCGCUGUCGCCAAAAAGACAUUAUCACCUUUACACGAGGAAGACUCAAAGUAUAUUGCCUUCCCUGCAUAUAUACAACCCAUAUCCAGCUUAUGCUGCAUAUCUCUUAUACUGCACUUGCGCCAUUAGUACAGUUCUGCAAGACAGCCCUUCAAACAUUGCAGUCAUGCCGAUGUUCACGGUCAAUACGAACGUAGCAAAGGAUGCAGUCCCAGCUGCCUUUCUGUCCGAGGCUACCUCGGAGUUGGCCAAAGCCUUGAGGAAACCUGCGCAGUAUGUGGCCGUUCAAGUCAACCCUGACCGAAUGAUGGUGUUCGGAGGAAAAGACGACCCAUGCGCCCUCUGCCAUCUUGGCAGCAUCGGCAGUAUCAGCGGCUCCCAGGAGAAAUACACUAAACUCUUGUCUGGACUGCUCGAAAAGCACCUGGGCAUCUCUCCAGACAGGGUGUACAUCAGCUUUGAGGACAUGGCUGCAGCUAACGUGGGCUGGAACAACUCUACCUUUGGCUGAGCUGGCGGACCACACACUUGCAGGACAAAGUCCCAAGUUAUCAUCAAGUCUGCAAUCAUUCCUGCGGGCUACCGGUCUUAUCCGAGUUACUGAACCCUUUACUUUGUUACAAACCCUGCCCAUGCACCUUCUUCCACACUUUCAAUAAAGCAAUCCUGUGGAAACAUG